UGUACAACACUUAAUUACCCAAUGCUAUCACAACAACAGUGUAAUUAAAAAUUAAAUUCGAACGAAUCAGGCGUAUCGUACAGGGCCAACUUUAGCAACUUUCAAGAUAAUUUGUAAUCAUUUCUUUGGUGUAGGAUGUUUCCUGAUAUCUACGUUUUUGAGCUAAUAGGCGAAGACAAAGAUUCACAUUUAAUAAGUCUCAGUGUAAAUGUCUUCAAACAGUUUAGACGACUAAGACACUUUAACGACUCCACAGCCGUUUGGAAGAGAACGCAUCAAAAUGUCAUCAGCCAUCAACAGAGUAUGUUUCGUAGCGUUAGUGAUCCUAUUGUGCUCGUGUAGAUUUAUAUUGGCAGAUUUCUUCCAAGGAUGUGAGAAUAGAGAGAAUACCUAUAUAGCCAGUGAUAAGAGUUGUACCAGUUACAUAUAUUGUUUUGGUGAUGAGUCAUUUGAGGGCGAUUGUGAUGACGAUACCCCAUAUUUUUCUGAAACUGAUCAGACAUGUGACACGGAUCCUGCUGUUUGCAAGGAUUUCAAUCAGGAUGGGGAACCCAAUGCACCUGAGGAAAACCCAGUAAGUUCUUCGGCGGCACCGUCUUCAACUCUGGCCUCCACGGUGUCCUCAGUAAGACCUUCAAAUUCUACCAUUAGCACGUUUGCCUCUACCUCGCCAACUACUCUCUCCACUACGCUCUCCAGUACGUUAUUCACUACUCCCUCCUCUACUCCCUCCACUACUCCCUCCACUACCAAGACCUCAUCUACUCAAACGACUACGACUACUUCGGGUACUGUUGUCAACUUAUGUCCCAGCGAUGAUGAUCCUUCGAAUAUAGUAUUCUUACAAGAUUCAAAAUCUUGUUCGGAUUAUUAUAUGUGCUAUCAUGGUCAGCCUUUACCCAUGCAUUGUUCUCCAACGCUGCAUUUCGAUAUAAAUACCUCUAAAUGUGAUUAUCCACAAAAUGUUAAGUGUCAACUGGACAAUGGCUCACCGCGAGAUAAAUGUCAAGCACAUACCGUAGAUGUCUACCCACAUCCCUUAAAUUGUAAUUACUAUUACAUGUGCAAAUUUGGUUACCUAAUGGUUAUGCAAUGUCCUCCAAAUAUGGGCUGGGAUUAUACCGUAAAUGCUUGCGUUUUACGCUCUAAAGCUAAGUGCUAUACAAACUUGGAGGAAUCGAAAAAGCUUUUAAAGGUAAAAGACGUAAAACGGAGUUUAAAGCAGUUUAAAAAAAAAAAAAAAAACUUUACUACAAUGAGACUCCUUUCGAAAGGUGUUAAGGGUUUAACUUUAAAAUGUAUGUUUUUGUUUAUGUAUUGCUGUAGUGUUACCGCCAUUUGGCGCCCUCGUCCCUUGCCACGCCAAGAGGAUAUUUGUGCUAAUCAAGCUGUGGGGGAUUUCGUGGAGAAUCCCUUGGAUUGCAGACUCUUCUUUUUGUGUGGUGAUAAUGGCGAAGCUUUAGAGGCUUCCUGUCCUUCCCAUAUGGUAUUCAACUCCCAAACAAAAUUAUGCGAUACCAUAGAAAAUGUACCCCAGUGCAAGCAAGAGCAGCCUCAAACACAGCCUUCAACUUCGACGCCUUCAUCCAGCAAUGUUGAUAACAUUUUGGCUAAUGCCAAUAAACAUUGUCAAGACAUACUGAGCCAAGGACUGGAGUCCACUUCUUUAGUUUUUAUUGCCAAUCCCCAGAAUUGCUAUCAAUAUUUUAUGUGCUAUCAUGGACAGGCUUUGGUGCAGGAGUGCAGCACCAAUCUGUAUUGGAAUUCAAAAAUUGGUAAAUGUGAUUUACCCUCUAAUGUGCAAUGUCUACAACCAGGGCAGGAUGCAACAAAUGGUGGCGACAUUUCAACAUCCUUUGUUGAGAAACCUGCCCAGAGUGGGGAUUCGUUUUGCCCUCUCUAUGGUCAUCAUAUUUUUCCUCACAUGGAACGUUGUGAUCUAUUCAUCUACUGUGUCAAGGGCUAUGCUGUGCUACAGCAGUGUCCCUUCUUCCAUUAUUUCGAUGUGGAAAGUGCUCGUUGUAAAUUGCGCACAAGAGCUUUGUGCGUUAAGGAUUUAAAUUUGAAAUUUCGUAAAAAUACUUUUUAAAAAAUAAAAAGACAUCAAAAAU